AUGGCAGAUUCAAUUAGCAAUGAGAGCAGGUCUGUAUCCCGGGGACGUGAUUCAUUUCAAUCUUCGGGCAGAGGCGGUAUGGGCAACAUUCGGCGCUCUUCCAUCUCAAGCGAUCCUCGUCCAGUCGAUAGUUCGGAUGAGUCUGGUUCGAUUCGUGGGCGAGAGCAAGCUGUUCACCCUGACAGGAUGGUCUCUGUGGGUAGGGGUGGAGCUGGCAACAUGCGCUCUUCUUCUCAGGAAGUGGGAAGAGACCACCCACAGACCGUAAAUAUUCUCAACGAGCACGCUGCGGUUCAGGCAGGAUAUGAACAGCAGAUCAAGAAGCACCACGCUGAAGCUAACCCUAUUCAUUCUUCUGGGAGAGGCGGUCUUGGCAACAUAUCGGGCUCCCGCUCUCGUUCUCGUGGUCCAAUAGUUCAUUCCACGGGACGAGGCGGAGCAGGGAAUAUUCAAUAUGGUGCUGCUACCACUGUCGACAAUAUGGACGAAGAGGAAAGAAGGAAGCAUGCUCAUGCUCAAGCGAUACACUCUACUGGCAGAGGCGGGGCUGCAAACCUUACCAGUGUGCACUCGCCUGAAAUUGAACGUGUAGUCCAUAAUCUCGCUGAAUUCGAGUCAUCUGGGCGUGGCGGGGCUGGUAACAUACGCUCCCGCUCGGCGUCGCGCGACCCAAGUGGACGGGCACCUUCCCGCGAUCCCAAAGAGAAACAUGGAAUCGCUGCUCUGUGGAGCAAGGUGUCCCACCCCUCCAACCCCGGCUCCGGGGAUCCUGGGCCCCGGGAUGAUUGA